AUGCUUUAUUUUUUAAGGUUGCAAGGAUCAGCUCUUUAUAAAACUGAAGAUGGACUCACCUCUCUUUACCUUGAUGGCCAAGCAGGUUAUGCCGAGAUUCCAGCAAUCAAUAUGCGCAAGAGUAACUUUUCCAUAUCUAUUCGCUUAAAAAUUCAGGACCAAUAUGUGCUAGGACACAUUCUAUCAGAUUGGUCAUCGCCCUUUCAGUUUAGACUGUUUAUUUAUAAUCGCCUGAUGCAUGUUGUUUUGAGACGAAGUGGAGAGGUCCAAUUUUUACUCCGGAUGAACAGCAAUAGUGAAAUUAGCGCAAACGUAUGGACACAUGUGGUAUUUACCUGGAAUCGCAAAACCCGGAAAGGAAAACUAUAUUUUAAUGGAAAACAAGUUGGAGAUACGACUUCCAGUUAUCAAGGACAAGAUAUCGACCUUAAGUUGACUAAUCACACAGUGUAUGAGAUUGGCUUUAAGAAAGACACGGGUGAAUUGCUUCAAGGCUCCUUAAGGGAUCUCGCGGUAUUUUUGCGAACGCUUUCAUCAGCUGAUGUUUCUAAAUUAUACAGACCAACUCGAGCAUCGUGUCCUGUACGAAGUACAACAGAUGGAAAUUGCUGCGUUUUCCCUUUUGUUUACCAAGGAAAACAACACAAUUACUGUACUGGUGUAGAUAGCCAGGAUUUGUGGUGUCAAACAUCUUCAGUCAACAAACAAGGUCAAAUGUCUGGCACGUGCAGUCUAAAUGUCGGCUGUUUGGAGUUUCGUGAAGGCUUCUGCGGAUGGGAUAACACGAGGAAAGGCUCUCGACUGUGGAAACAAACAACGAAGCAAGAAAUGGAACGCUUGACGCUUUCAAACCCAGGUUCAGGCCCUACGAGGGAAAACAAUUACCAACUGAAUUUUUCUGGAAAUCACCGUGGCUAUGUGAACAUAACUGAUAUGCCAGAUCUCUUCGCUUUCACGCUGUGCUUCUGGAUGAAGUCAUCAGACCAUACCAGUGCAGGCACCCCUUUCUGGUACAGAGUGCGCUACGAAAACAAGGAAAAGUAUGUUACCGCUAUUGCACUCCUGGACUACAGAGGAUUCUACGUAUACAUUGGGGAGACACAGUCGUCACAGACGAGUGUCGUUGCAAAUGACGGUAAAUGGCAUCACAUCUGUUUAGCGUGGAGGUCUCGAGGUGGGAGGGUCCAUUUCUAUUUUGACCAGACUCCGCUCUCGGGAAGUGGAUUUUCUGUGGGAGAAAAAAUCCCUGGAAAGGGUGAAUUUAUUAUUGCACUAACCAAAGAUCAGGCAGGAUUAGACGACAAAGCUGGCGAGUUUAUUGGUUCUAUUAGCUCAGUGAACAUGUUCAACAAAGUCCUUGACAGGAGCGUGAUAUUUUGGAUGAUGCACGGCUGCGGCGAGAACAUUGCAAAUGCCAUCUUACCCUGGUCACAGUUUAUUGAUGGAUUUGUUGGAGAUGUAGAUAUUCAAAGACCUGCGCUGUGUAGAGACAGCGAAGGUUCCCGCAUCAUCGUGGUUGCCAACAAAACGUCCCAAUCUCUUCAGCCAUCUACAUUUGAAAGUCCGCUCUUCGAGCGAUCUUACAAAGGGCACAGUGUCUGUGUACGAUUCAGAUAUAUCAUGUAUGGUUUUGGAAGACGGGUCCUCCGUCUGUAUCAACAAUUAGAGUCAAUAACCAAGACCAAGAGGCUGAUGUGGGCAGUGAAUGAAUCCAACAAUACAGAGGGGACCUGGAAAUACGGCAGAGUAUCUCUGCCGAGUGUAACUAAGCACAGAGUUUCGUUUGAGGCAGACAUGAGUAAAGACCCUGGGUAUGUUGGUCUCCGUGCUUUGCGCGUCACACCUGGCUAUUGUCAUCCAGUUCCUUUCAAAGCAACACAAGCAUGUGACGGAAACUUUACUAAUUCAUCAGGCCUAAUGUUCUCCCCACGCUACCCUGGAUAUUAUCCUCCUUUGAUUCGCUGUCGCUGGUUGAUCAAGGUUUCCUCAGAAAGGACGAUAAAACUGCGCUUCUUGGAGUUUCAAUUAGAAGAUCACCCAUCUUGUUACAAUGACUACAUAGAGGUAUACGAUGGCGGCACGUCAAGGACACUUCUGGGAAGAUACUGUGGACAGCGAUUUCCAGAGUUUCUCCAGUCAUCUUCAAACGUUAUGGAAAUAAUCUUCGUAAGCGACGAAAAAAUAACAAGGGCCGGGCUGAAACUAUACUAUACUUCGGAAAAAGCUACCAAUGGCAAAAUAAACUGCGUCCAGUAUGAAGGUUGUCCUUCCAGCUGUGAGUGUAACUUCAUUUCCUCCAAACAGCGUGAAAUGGUGAUCACGGUAAAGGCAGGGAGAGAACUAACAGCUAUACCAGGAAANCGAUGA